AAUCAAAGCAAAACAUAAGGAAGAAGCGUUGGUAAAAACGAAAUAUUCUGUGUGGAAAUUUACCGGCGGAUAAGAAGUUUUAUCUUCAUUUUUUAAAACUAAAACUUAACAUAAUCGUGUCGUAAUUUACCAUGGCUGAAGCCAGGGCGGCUGUUACAAGCCCCGAUGUCCAUCUACACGCCGAAGGGACCAGCAAAACAGAAGCCGAAGUUGAAUUGCUGAAGAGUACUUUAUUAUCUCUUAAGAGAUGUGCUUUCAGAACUCGCCGCCAAAUAGCAAAUGGAUUAUGGCCAACAACAUGGUCCAACUUGUUGGGUGCUGUUGUGGUCAUUGCUGCUCUACUGUAUGCUGCUGAUUUCUACAAGCUAUCGUCCCUCAAACCGUUUACAGCAGUCAUAUGGAAAGUGACUUAUCUUCUUAAUCUGGAUGAGAAAUAUCCUUACAACCUCAGGCUUCUGUUCAUUUCAGUACUGGCUGGAGUGGUGUUUUUUAUUAUCCUUCUCUAUCUACGUCAGUAUCUGUUGAGGAUGCUUUUGGCUUAUAGAGGGUGGAUGUAUGAGACCCCAAGAUCACAAAGCAAGCUGACACUAUUGUGGGGUGCAAUGGUGAAAAUUUGUGCUGGUCACUAUCCAAAGCUGUAUAGUUAUCAAAACAGUCUCCCAAGAAUGCCUGUACCAAAUCUAAGUGAAACUUGUAAAGGACUGUUGCGUUCUGUGAAGCCAAUCUUGAAGGAGGAUGAGUACAAGAAGAUGGAGGCACUUGCUAAGGACUUUGAAAAGAACCUUGGUCCCAAGCUCCAGUUUAUUUUAAAGCUGAAGUCCUGGUGGGCACCAAAUUAUCAUACAGAUUGGUGGGAAAAAUAUGUGUACUGCAUGGGCCGUUCUCCUUUACCUAUCAACAGCAACUACUAUUGUUUAGACCAGCACUGGCAUCCCACACAUGUCCAAGCUUCAAGAGCUGCAACCAUGACCUACCUUAUUUUGAAGUAUCAUCAGGAGAUUGAAACUGAGCACUUGGAACCCCUGUUGAUCAGGAAAACUAUUCCCAUCUGCAUGUGGCAGUAUGAAAGAACAUUUAAGACAACCAGAAUUCCAAAAGAGGAAGUGGAUGAAAUAGUUCAUUUUGAACACAAUGAACAUGAGCACAUAGCUGUCUUCUGUGGGGGCAAUUGUUAUAUGUUGCCUGUUACUGAUAAAGGUAAAUUCAUAUCAGUGCUGGAUUUGGAAAGUCAGUUUGAGUGGAUUGUUGCUGAUGCUAAACAUUCUGAUGUCACCAAAGACCAGCCUGAUGGAAGUGUACCAGCACUGACAGCUCUACCAAGAACAGAGUGGGCCAAAAUCAGAAAAGAAUACUUUUCUGAGAGUCUGAAUCGACAAACCCUGGAGGCAAUAGAAGAGGCUAUGUUUGUGGUCAUUCUGGAUGAGAAUUCCUUCACUGAUUUGACUGAACGCUCAAAGUAUCUACUGCAUGGUGAUGGGCGUAGCUUUUGGUUUGAUAAAAGUUUCUGUUUGAUGGUAUUUUCUGAUGGUAGAUGUGGGAUCAAUGCUGAGCAUUCUUGGGCUGAUGCACCUGUCAUUGGGCACAUGUUGGAGUAUGCCCUUACCUAUGAGUAUAUUUAUAGAACAUACAAUGACAAAGGUAAAUGCACUCCUAUUGGUGGUGCUCACAGGAGUGCCAGCUUGAGGACACACAACCUCCAAAAGCCUGCCAGGUUAUACUGGGAUGUAACUCCUAAACUUGCAGACAUCAUUGAAGAUGCUGUCAAGUUUGCUCAAAAGAAUAAUGAAGACAUUCAGCAUAAAGUUAUAGUUCAUGAUGCAUUUGGAAAAGGCUUCAUCAAGAGUGUAAAGAUAAGUCCUGAUGCUUUCAUCCAGUUGGCUUUGCAACUUGCCUACUACAGAGACUCAAAUGGAAGACAUCCACUCACAUAUGAAUCCUCUAUGACACGCCUGUACCUCCAAGGAAGGACAGAAACUGUGCGCAGUUUAACAAUUGAAGCUAAAGAUUUUGUUCUCGCCAUGUUAGAUGACACAGUCCCACCUGAAGAAAAAUAUAAAUUACUUCAAAAAGCUGCAGAUCUUCAUGCUAAGAUGUACAAGGACUGUAUGAAUGGAAAAGGCAUUGAUAGACAUCUUUUUGCACUCUUUGUUGUGUGCAAAGGUCAAGGCUAUGAGAGUGAGUUCUUGAAAAGUGCAUUAACCCUUCCAUGGACACUGUCUACAAGCCAGCAGCCUCAACAACAAAUGGCAGGUACCCACUUUAGUGUCACAGAGCCAGAACUUACACAUUUGAUUUCCCCUGGAGGAGGUUUCGGUCCAGUUGCUGAUGAUGGUUAUGGUGUUUCCUACAUGGUUCCUGAUGAUCACAGGAUUUUCUUCCACAUUUCUUCCAAGAUAUCAUCAAAAGAGUCAAACUCUGACCGAUUUGUCAAACUGUUGUUUGAAAGCCUUUCAGACAUAAAAGCACUUCACGAAACAGUUAAAGCUAACAAGGCUAAAUAACCAGACAAGUAGUGAUGUUUAAACUAAAAAUUAUAGUUGAACUGUUAUUGGUAUGGUUAGAAAUUAGCAGAACUACUUUAGAAUGCAGGUUGUGGUGUUUCAUGAAAUAAUUUGCUGCAAUGCAGUAUAUUUGAUUUUUCCCACAAUGUUACAUUGAUACUGGGAAAUAUUGUUUCAUUUUGAAUUCAACUAGAACAAAUUAAGGAAAAGGAUUUUGAACCAUUCUUGCCCCACAAAAUGUCUCUAUAAAGUAAAUUCAGUAAAGAGCCUCAGACCUAGAGUGCUAGAAAAAAUGUUUUCUGUGUCUCUAGAAGGGCCAUGAAGUAGCUCAAGAGAGCACAUGAAACACAUCUCGUCAAUGAUUCAAAACAUCCUGCUCUAUACUCAGUGACAAUUUCUUGUUACCCUGUAUCCUGUAUACAAAUCUGGAAUUACUUGGAAUUGUUUUCCAAAGUAUAAGUGGACAAACUUACCUCUACAUGACCAAUACCCUUAACCCUUUUACUCCUAGCAGACAGGUGGAGAGAAUUUAAAACACAAUCAGCUGUAUUUAAUCUUAAAUUUUCCUGACUUACAUGUGGAAAGUGCAGCUGCAGGACAAAAAUAAUAAUUGAGGGUUUGAGAGAAUUUCACCAGACUUGAGGAUUCAACCCAUAUUUUUUUAAUACCACUAAAUUUAAAUGAAGGAGAAUUCAAGAUGAUGUCCUAACUUCUCUUUUUUUGUGAUGCUAAGUCAUUGGAUGGAUCUAUUUUUUUAUCAUUAAGUCCAAACAGAAACAUACAACUUAGGUUAUAUGCUUUUAAAGGGUCCUAAUUAUUGUUUCAAGCAACUUGCAGUGGGGUCAUGAGGUCAUUGGUCCUCUUUUGAUUGCAUUGUUGAUCGUUUUUCUGCUUUCAUAACUUUCAAUCACUUAAGGGGGAGAAUGAGACCUGACCAUAAGCUGCAAGAAGCCAAUCAAAGGGGUGUUAAAAAUUUUGAGCUUUCACAGAUACACAACAACAAAAAUGUUCAAUCAAAUAAUUUAUUUAUUUCUUUUUAAGACUGUCAAUAUUUCAUUUUUAAUUUGCAAAGUGUUAGAUUGUUACCUGUAGACGUUAGGUUUAAGAGUUUUACUGAUACAGUGAAUGCUUUUAGAGUGCUAGUGGAGAUAUUUUGCUUUGUGAUGUGCUGAAAUAAAUCAUUCAAAGAUUUCAACAGAAA